AAACCUUAUCACAAGAAUAUUCAAGAAUGUGUAUACGGCUCGCAUUGCAAUCGGAAGACAGGGUAUUGUGAAUGCAUUGGAAACUAUCCGUUAGAAGUGCCGCAACUGAACGGCUGUCUGAGGACAGAAAAUUUGGGUCAACACUGCGUUCAUUCAAAACAAUGUGAACACACAUUGAAUGCCAUUUGUGUGGACAAGGAUUCCGUUGAGUUGAAUAAAGUGGAGUUAAUCGGCAAUCAAUUGUUGAGAAAAUACUACAGAAGACAGCGCCAAGUCUUCGAUAGAAUUGGCGAAAAGUACGGAUCAGCCGAUGGAUACAAAUCGAUGGGAAGGUGUCAGUGCAGAGCCGGUCAUUGGAUCAAAACCAAGGGUUCGCUCAUAACAUGCGAAAAACAACGAUUGUUAAAUUCGGAUUGCAUCGGUUCGCAUACAUGUCUCGUUUUGGAUUCUAACUCUCACUGCGACGCUCUGAGGGGUCACUGUAUUUGUGACGCGGGCUAUGGCUAUGACACCGAUCGAAAUCAAUGUCGACUUAAUUCAAUAAAAGUUGGCUUUUCUUGCAUUAAUGAAAAGGAGUGUAGGAAUUGGGACAUAAAUACAUUGUGCAGUUCGACAAUAUGUCGCUGUAUACCUGAGUAUGAGUAUGACUUCAAUUCCCAAAGAUGUAAACCAGUGGUCGCAGAGAAGAUGUGCGGUUAUGGGUUGAAAUGGGACGACAACACCGGCGGCUGCGAGGCCUUGCAUUUGUAUGGUUUGCGGCAAAACGACUACCGAUUCUUCUCGACCGACAAACUACUCGAGACAAUAGUAAUCGUUAUCUUCUGUUGCGUAACGAUCGCUAUAUUGAGAUUUUGGCGAAAUAUAUUACCGCAACACAUAUACACCAAUCAGACGGGAAUGUUCUCAGACUUUUCCUACACUAAUCGAGUGCCGCGACGACGGCAUAGCAGGAACUCUGUGUCCAGAAGUGGACGCGUUAUUCAGCUCCGCGUGAAUCUCGAUUCACCCGAUUCUCAAUUCUUACCGGAAGAGGCAUUUGUUGAUCUGCCACUCACUGCUUCCCAGUCCUCUCUGCCUCCUUAUACUCCCACCACUACUGUUGACCUCAAUCAUGACUCCCAACCCCCGCCCUAUACUGACGAUCCGACUGAUGAUCCGCCGACGUAUGAGGAAGCGAUUGCUUUGUCCCAAACCACUCAAUCAGACGACAAGGUUAAUGACAAAUAAUUUCCAUUCAAAACCACUCACUAUUUAUUUUUAUAUAA